AUGCCUGCUCCAGAUGAGCCCAAUGGGGCUCUGCCUGGGCCACAUGCAGACCAAGUCUUCCUCCUUGAUACUAUUGACAAGCUCCGAGGUCUCGGUGUUGGUGUAUUUGUUGACUUACCGCAGAUGAUUAUCUGUGGUUCCAAGUCCAACGCAAAACGCUCUAUUAUCGAGUCAAUUUCUCGUGUGAACUUUCCAGUGAGGAAGGAUUUCCACACUGGGUUUGUUACAGAGAUCAUCUUACGCCACCAUUCGACUUCACGCUUCAAAGUUAGCGUCCGCCUUGGACAAUCGACGAAAAGCGACGGAGUCCUCGAGAAACUCAAGACGUUCGUGCCCACCGUUCAUGAAAGUUCUGAGCACCACCGAACUCAUCAGCCCCCCGCCGAGGAUGGCUUCAGUGACGAUAUCCUCGUAGUCGAGGUUUCUGGUCCCGAUCAACCUGACCUGACCCUUAUCGAUAUGCCUAGGCUGUACUUCGCGGAAGGAGUCGAUGGUGGUGAUGGAGUGAAGAGCUUUGGCCGUCUUCGCAUUGAAAGUUACGUGCUCAAUGCACGCAGCAUCAUUAUCCCUGUGGUAUCGGCCAAAAUCGACAUUUGUGCUCAGAGGAUAACCGAUUUUGCUGACAAGUAUGACCGAAAACGACAGCGGAUCUUAGGAAUUAUCACCCACCUCGAUACAAUCGAACCAUCGUCAGACGAGGAAAAGCUAUGGCUGAAGGCUAUCAAAGAAGGAACAUCCGAACUGCCACUAGGUUUGCAUUUGGCGUGCACCCGAUGCUACGAGACACGCGAUGUGCCAGAUGAAGAGAGAGACGAGAAGGAGAAGGAGUUCUUCGAGCGAGGGGAUUGGAAAACUGUGUCAGCACAAUCCAAAGGAACUGCCAACCUUCGGCGUCGACUUAGCACCAUUCUUUUGAAUCACGUUCAAAGCAGCCUCCCGGAUCUGGUUUCCGAAAUCGACCAAAGUAUUCUGGCGAACCAAUUGACGCUGGCCAAGCUGAGUGCUCCUCGAGGAACCAUUCAGCAGAAACGAGCUUUGCUUUUCCAUCUGAGCAGUGAUUUCCGGCGCAUAACCGAGCAAGCACUGAGUGGCAUGUACACAGAUGACUUCUUUGCUACCUCGGGUAAAUUUAAGACUCGUGACCCUCGACGUCUUCGUGCUCUCAUUCGUGACUUGAAUGAGAGUUUUGCACAUGUUAUGGAGAUCUACGGUUGCCGCCAAUUCAUUCAUGGGGUCACCAACCAGAUACUCUCGUUGCCACACCCUUGCAACCCUUACGCAAAUAUCAGACAGCUGGAACACAGGAGUCGAUUUGAUUUCGAACUAGAGGUCAUUGAACAAAUGUGCCGCGACGGAGGACUUGAAUUACCAGGCAAUUCUAGUCACCUCCUGGUGGGUAACCUGUUUCGAGACCAGUCGCAGCCUUGGGGAGAAAUUGCUCGAGCCCAUUUGAUGAAAUCAUGGGAGACCACCCGGAACUUUGUGUCGCUUCUCCUGGACCACCUUGCGGAUAAACACGUAUCCGGGGUAAUCAUGCGGACCUUAAUCCAACCCCAGCUUGAUGCAAUGAAAGACAGACUACUGGCGAAGGUAGAUGAGUUGACUGCUUCCCACAAGCGAGACCACCCAUUGUCUAUGGCUGGAAGCUUUCUUCGAGGCCAUCCAUUGCCUGUUGAGCGAAGCUUCCUUGCCAGGAUGCAGAAAUCCAGAAAUGACCGCCUGCUGGCCAACAUACAGCAGAACCUUCCUUCAGCCAUGAACAAUACUUUCAACACGGAACAGCUUAAGGUGGCUACCCAGAACGUGGAGUUGGUAGGCAAUCAGGCCGCGGCUUCGGACAUCGUUGACCAGUUCCAAUCAUACUACGAUGAUGCCCUUAUGAUCUUCACGAACAACAUUGCAACUCUCGGGAUUGAAAGCUGCCUUCUCAGCCCGCUGAAUGGCAUCUUGACAACCCAAACAAUCGCGAACAUGGACGACAGCCAAGUCGAGGAGCUUUUCGCUGGUGUACACGAUGCUGUACAGAACUGGCGAGAGGAACUGAAUGGUAAUUUGGAAAAGUUGCAAAUGAGCCUGCUGGUAUUGAAACGAUUCAAGUUUGCAAAGGAAUCAAAGCCAUCGGUUGGAACAACAAAGCAUACUGAACCCUGUUGUUCGGCUCAUGAGUGUUCAUCUCAUGGGUCGUUCCUCGUGCCACAAGGGAUCAUUUGCAAUGGUCCAUCUGCCAAUCCUUUCGGGAUACUAUGUGCGGAUUCCAGAGUUCAGGGCCAGACCAGCACCCCCGGUUAUCAACUCUCGUGGCCAUACACUUCGGCGCCCAACAUGCAGACCUCACAGGCACCUUGCCCGAGUGGUCCAUCCGUCUUGAACCCCAGUGUGGUCAAUGGUGGGAGAGUGAGCACUCCAUCUGUAUCUUUCCCCUUUGCCGGCCAAAAUCAAAGCUUCAAUCAAGGUCCUAGAAAUUCCGGUCCAACUCUAUUCUCUGGAUCUGGGCUUCAGCCUCCUCAAUCUUUUACACCCAGCACGUUCUGGUCUCCUGCUCCUCGGCCUGCUCCAUCCCGUGCACCAGACACCCAUAAUUACGAUCCGAGUUGGUACUGGGUGGAGACGGAUACUACUGGUUGCACCAAUCGAUACCACUCCAUUUGUUGUUAUGAGUGGUACAAACGUUUCUCGCAUGAGGAGCUGCGAUUGGCUGACUAUGAGGCCGGCCGACACCCGAACAAAUAA